AUGAAGAAGAACAAAUCACUUAAUAUUGCCUUUACUCAUCCGGACUUGGGUAUCGGAGGAGCUGAACGAUUGAUUGUGGAUGCUGCUGUUGGAUUAAAAAAGGUUAUUGGACACAAGGUUACGAUAUUUACCUCUCAUCACGAUCCUAAACAUUCCUUCUCAGAAACCAAUGAUGGAACUUUGGAUGUAAUUUCAUAUGGAGAUUUUCUUCCGAGAACAAUAUUUGGUUUAUUUCAUAUUUUCUUUGCAAUUUUAAGAAUGUUUUAUUGUACUAUUAGAAUGUAUUUGAAUCAUUCUCAUGAAAAUUAUGAUGUGAUUAUUGUUGAUCAAAUUAGUUAUCAUAUUCCACUCUUGAAAUUAUUAUUUCCAAAGGCUAAAAUUGUAUUUUACUGUCAUUUUCCUGAUAAAUUGUUGGUGAGAUGGGACAGUAACUUGUCAUUAUUGAAGAAAUUAUAUAGAAUUCCAUUCGAUUAUUUUGAGGAAAUUACAACUGGAAUGGCUCAUUCUAUUAGUGUAAAUUCUGGAUUUACCAAACAAAUUUUCUAUGAAUCAUUUAAAAAGCUCUCUAAUAAGCAAGUUGAAAUUUUAUAUCCACCAAUCAAUGUUUCAUCCUACGAUGUUCAACCAUCUGAGGAAGAAUUGGAAAAUGUUGUAUCCAUCAAUAGAUUUGAAAAGAAGAAGAAUAUUGCCUUGCUGGUUCACUCAUUUGCCAAGUAUGUCAAGCCUAGAUUCCCAGACGCCUUACUCAUUCUUGCUGGAGGUUAUGAUCCAAGAGUUCCUGAAAAUAUUCAAGUUUUGGAUGAAUUGAAACAAUUGGUAGCCAAGUACAAUGUCCAAGAGAAUGCAAUUUAUGUUCCAUCAUUUAAUGAAAUUGAGAGAUAUGUCUUGUUGAAAUAUUGCACUGUAGUGGCCUACACUCCACAGGGAGAACAUUUUGGUAUUGUUCCAGUUGAGGCCAUGUAUUGUGGAAGAUGUGUUUGUGCAUUGAGAAGUGGAGGACCAAAGGAAAGUAUUGUUCAUGAAUCGACAGGUCUAUUGGCCGUUAUGGAUAAUCUCAACGAGGAUGAAAUUAUCGAAAACUUUGGCCUCAACAUUGUUCAAUUCUUUUCCAUGAGCGCUCAAGAAAGAGCCAACUAUGGAACACGUUCAAGACAGAGAGUGAUCGAUAACUUUACCUUGAAUUCUUUCGCCCACAGUCUCGAUAGAAUUAUUGCAGAAACAUCCUUAUAA